AGGACAUUAUUCUUGUUAUUUUCAGUGGAAGUGGAACAGCGUCAAAAGAAACGUUAAUUCCUGUUUAGUCUCUCCAUUGUUCAUCAUCUUCGGUUAUUUCUGACACAGAAAUCACAUAUUUUUCGUAUCAAAUUCUCGAUAAAUUGUCUCGUCAAGAGCUCAACAAUGCAAAUUUUCGUGAAAACCCUCACCGGGAAGACGAUCACCUUGGAGGUCGAAGCCUCCGACACGAUUGAGAACGUGAAGGCAAAAAUCCAGGACAAGGAGGGAAUCCCCCCAGAUCAACAGCGUUUGAUCUUCGCCGGAAAGCAACUCGAGGACGGAAGGACCCUCUCCGAUUAUAAUAUCCAAAAGGAGUCGACCCUCCAUUUGGUUCUUCGUCUCCGUGGAGGAAUGCAGAUUUUCGUCAAGACCUUGACUGGAAAGACCAUCACUCUCGAAGUUGAGGCCUCCGACACCAUCGAGAACGUGAAGGCAAAGAUCCAGGACAAGGAGGGAAUUCCCCCAGAUCAACAGCGUUUGAUCUUCGCUGGAAAGCAACUCGAGGACGGAAGGACCCUUUCCGACUACAACAUCCAGAAGGAGUCGACCCUUCACUUGGUUCUUCGUCUCCGUGGAGGAAUGCAAAUUUUCGUGAAAACCUUGACUGGAAAAACGAUCACUCUCGAGGUCGAAGCCUCCGACACGAUUGAGAACGUGAAGGCGAAAAUCCAGGACAAGGAGGGAAUCCCCCCAGAUCAACAGCGUUUGAUCUUCGCCGGAAAGCAACUCGAGGACGGAAGAACCCUCUCCGAUUAUAAUAUCCAAAAGGAGUCGACGCUUCAUUUGGUUCUUCGUCUCCGUGGAGGAAUGCAGAUUUUCGUCAAGACCCUUACGGGAAAAACUAUCACCCUUGAAGUUGAGGCCUCCGAUACCAUCGAAAACGUGAAGGCAAAAAUCCAGGACAAGGAGGGAAUUCCCCCAGACCAACAGCGUUUGAUCUUCGCCGGCAAACAACUCGAGGAUGGAAGAACCCUCUCUGACUACAACAUCCAAAAGGAGUCGACUCUCCAUUUAGUUCUUCGUCUUCGUGGGGGAAACUAAAAAAACUUUUUUUUUCCUUAAAAAAACAAUUAUCAAGUAGACUUCAAAAAAAAAAUUUUGUUUUCAAAGCUUUUUCGCUUUUUAAUUAGAUAAUUUUUCUCACACCUUUUCAUCAUUUGUGUCUAUGGUUUAAAUAGCAAUUGAACUCUUAUUUCUUUGACGAGAACAAAAAAAAACUGCUUUUUUUCUUCAAUUUUUAGUUUUUGAAUUAUCGCAUUUCUGUGUAAAAGAAUUCCAAUAAAGACACGCAUUCCAAAAA